CCCAACGCAAACGUACCACGCCUGCCUCGAGAGAAAGAGAGAGAAAGAAGGAAGGGCUCGUCUGCGAGCUCUUAAGUACUGCAAGUUCUUAGCCGUUCGCUUUCAUGGAGCUUGAAUUACCGCCGGUGAUUCAUGAGAACUAUCAUCUUCUUGUUUCCGCCGUUGCAUUGUUGUUCGGUAUCGUUUCGUUGUACGGCUUGAGGUCGAAUCUAAAAACGCGUCGUAAAUCGAAGGAGAUCUGGCGGAAAUCUAGUAACAACUCCGGCAACGAUGGAUUGCAGUCGCCGGAGACUGAUGGAAGCACUGACGUAAUUAUUGUUGGAGCAGGUGUUGCCGGUGCUGCUCUCGCUUGUACUCUUGCAAAGGAUGGACGUCGAGUUCAUGUCAUUGAAAGGGACUUAACUGAACCAGAUCGAAUAGUAGGUGAACUUCUACAACCAGGAGGCUAUUUAAAAUUGAUCGAGUUGGGUCUUGAGGAUUGUGUCGAUGGAAUCGAGGCACAACAAGUUUUCGGUUAUGCGAUUUACAUGAAUGGUAAAAACACCAAACUCUCAUACCCUUUGGAAAAAUUCGAUUCUGAUAUAUCCGGAAGAAGCUUUCACAAUGGUCGUUUUAUUCAACGAAUGAGGGAAAAAGCCGCAACUCUUCCAAAUGUCAAAUUGGAACAAGGGACUGUAACUUCAUUGCUUGAAAAAGAAGGAACAGUCCAAGGUGUUUGUUACAAAACCAAAGACGGUCAAACGUUGACUGCAUACGCACCUCUCACCAUUGUUUGCGAUGGUUGCUUUUCAAAUCUACGCCGCUCCCUCUGCAAGCCCAAGGUGGAAGUGCCUUCUUGCUUUGUGGGUCUUGUGUUAGAGAACAUCGAUCUUCCAUACGCAAAUCACGGACAUGUUAUUCUCGCUGACCCUUCACCGAUUUUAUUUUACCCAAUUAGCAACACCGAGGUUCGUUGUUUAGUCGAUGUCCCGGGUCAAAAAGUACCUUCCAUUUCAAACGGUGAAAUGGCCAACUACCUAAAAACCGUAGUGGCCCCACAGAUUCCACCGGAGCUAUAUAAUGCUUUUGUAGCAGCGGUCGAUAAAGGAAACAUCAGAACAAUGCCAAACCGAAGCAUGCCGGCUGACCCGCAGCCCACUCCAGGCGCGCUUUUAAUGGGCGACGCGUUUAACAUGCGACACCCGUUGACCGGUGGAGGAAUGACAGUCGCUUUAUCAGACAUCGUCUUGCUUCGUGACCUUCUUAGACCAUUAAGAAACCUCAACGAUGCACCUAUGCUUUGUCAUUAUCUUGAAUCCUUCUACACGCUUAGAAAGCCGGUGUCGUCUACCAUAAAUACAUUAGCGGGUGCACUUUACAAGAAGGACCGAUUUCGUUACUUUCGGGGCUUAACCCGCGUCCGCUCAUCCUAUUUCUACAUUUCUUCGCGGUGGCUAUAUACGGUGUUGGCCGUUUGCUUAUCCCGUUUCCUACACCAAAACGAUUAUGGCUCGGGGCUAGACUCAUCAUGGGUGCGUCUGGGAUCAUAUUCCCGAUCAUUAGGUCUGAAGGUGUUAGGCCGAUGUUCUUCCCUGCGACAGUUCCAGCGUACUACAGGACUCCACGUGUUGCUUGAUUCAAAUAUUGUUGUUCGGUUGGCUGGUUCAUGGCUCGGAUUUGGAUUCAUGGAUCAAAUUCCAUAA